UACUUCUCAAUAGCUAUACUAAUAAAGGAACACACAUUGACUCAAAUAUACCCACAGUCUCACAUUUACAUACACAAAAUGAUAUUCAACACACACAGAAAUAAAAUUGACUCACACAGCAUUACGGAGCAACACACAAACACAUAAGCAUAUAUAUGAACAAACAAUAAACUAUUCCACCAAAGUUACUUAAGGCCUGUACACACUAACACAAGCUCACUUCUACAGUUUCAUCUUUUAUUGUAUAUUUUCAAUGUGAAUCUUCUUAAUAUUUCUCUGUGGCUCUUCCAAGUUCUACUGGUGUGUUAAAACCCUAUUUCAAAUGAAUCUUUCCUAAUCCUCAUUACAUAAAUCAACAGUGUGAACUUUCUUAUCAGUGCUGAACAGUAUUUUUAAUGGGAGCAUCUAAAGAUCGAGAGCUCGGCUAGUGUAUAGAGGCCUUUAAUUGGCAGACAAAGACACACGAGUCAAUUUGAAAUUAACUUAGUCAUUGUUUGCCAGUGCCUGAGAGUGUGUGUGAGACUGUGAGUUUUCCAAACAUGCCUAAAUUUAACCGGGUGCGUUACACCAAUUUAACCGACGGUUCCAUUGCAAUGAGACGAUGGAUUUGUUACAGAACGAUUACGAACCUCAAAAAUUUCUUCGUCAAUAGCAAGUCUGCAAAAUACCUGUUAGCUAUUUUGGUUACAAUUCUAACUAUACAACAGAUAUGUUUUACGUAUACGGAGCCAUCAUCACCAGAUAUCGCCCAGAAUAUCAGAGGCUUGUGGACCUACAAGUGUAUGAAAAAUCGAUGCCGAAAAACACAAUUCACUGGCAAAGACGGCGAAGAUUCAGGCCAGAUUUCGUUGAAUGUGUGCAAACUGACUUGCGGUGAUCCCCCCGGCUCACUAUGGCCAAUGCCCACUGGGAAGGUGCAGAUACAAAGGCAACUGGUUGCAAUCAACCCCAACAACAUCAUUAUGGAAGACGAACCUCCUGGGAAUCAAGAAAUGAAUACUCAAAAUGGCAAAGUUUAUCUGGCGCUACGUGGAUCUUUCUCAACUCGACUUCUGACGGAGACUGUAGGUAAACCCAUAAAAGCUGAUGGAGGUUACGAAUUUCAUCUGACAUUGCAAAUCCAGGACACGAGUGUGGAUAAGCCUACACUCAACAUGGAUGAGAGCUACCAACUCAAAGUCGAAACUGAUAAUGAUAAAAAGCUGGUCCAAGGAACAAUAAUAGCCAAAACCUACUUCGGAGCUAGACACGCAACAGAGACGCUGAAUCAGCUGAUUGUAUAUGAUGACGUCUCUCGUAAACUAGUGAUGCCUGGUUCAAUAGAAAUUUUCGACCAGCCUGUGUACAAGUACAGAGCUCUAAUGCUGGACACAUCCCGUAAUUUUAUUUCGAUUGAAGCGAUUCGAAGAACAAUUGACGGGAUGGCUAGUGUCAAAAUGAACGUUCUGCAUUGGCAUAUCACAGACUCGCAUUCUUUCCCGUUGGAGUCGAAGAUGUUCCCACAAUUGACAAUAUAUGGAGCUUAUGGACCUGAUCAGUUUUACUCGCAGAAAGAGGUGAAAAGCCUAGUGGAAUUUGCCAGAUGGAAAGGCGUGAAAAUAGUGCCAGAGUUCGACAGCCCAGCCCAUGUGGGAGAAGGCUGGCAGUGGGCCGAUAAUACACUCAUCGGCUUCAAUGCUCAGCCCUGGUUUAAGAUCUGCAAUGAGGCACCCUGUGGUCUGGUGAACCCCAUCAGUGACCGAGUGUUCGAGAUGCUGCAAGGCAUUCUAUCCGAGAUGCACGAUUUAUUCGACAUUUCCGAAGUGUUUCAUAUGGGAGGCGAUGAAGUCAAUUUGCUUACCUGGAAAGACGACAAGGAGAUUCAGGCCUACAUGAAAAAAAGACAAUGGGAUGACAACUCAUCCUUGUUUCGACUGUGGGGCGACUUUCAUAAGCGAACCUACUCCAUAUUGCAACAAGUGACUGCAACUUCUCCACGAGCCAUUAUGUGGACCAGCAAGUUGACGGGGCAAGAGUAUAUCGACGAAAUCCUCGACAAGAAGCACUACAUCAUACAUGUCUGGUCAAAUGCUACACUUGCAGAGAAAAAUAUUGAACAGAUAAAUCAAAUCAGAUUGUUAGCUAAAAAGGGAUAUCAGAUGAUUUUCUCCAAUAGUGAUGCGUUGUACUUGGACUGUGGCUUUGGCGGUUGGGUCACCGACGGUCACAACUGGUGCAGUCCCUACAAAACCUGGCAACAGCUCUACAGCAACGACAUGGUGGCCAUUUUGAAAGACAUUACCAGAAAUGAGUACAAACCGGAAAUGGAUCGGCUGAUCUAUGGAGCCUCAGCCGCCAUGUGGACGGAACAAGUCGAUGAGCACAAUUUGGAUGGGAGAGUGUGGCCCAGGUUGGCAGCACUGGCUGAGCGGCUGUGGACCAAUCCUAGCACGCCCUGGCAGGUCGCCGAGUUCAGGUUUCUGCACCAGAGAGAAAGGCUGGUCCGCUACGGUAUUCAUCCCGAGGCGUUGCAGCCGCUGUGGUGUCGCCAGAACGAGGGAGACUGUCCCGAUACAACACCUAAACCAAGAAAAUAAUAUGUUUUUAUUGUUACAUAAUAUUUCUUUAUUAUAUUGUUGAUCACAAAUCAUUAUUACAAUAUAAUAUGAUUGGGAGAAGACAAGGACAACAGUAUAUGAUAUUGUAAAAUCUAUAAAAUUGCUACCAAUAAAGUAGUCAAUACUGUAAAGUGGAAAGUGAGAACACAACCUCAUUCUUUUUCCGAUUCCCUUAGGCCCAUAUGUAUGUAGAUACUCGGUUUAAACAGAGAAAGAUCAGCUGUUCGUUUAAUCACAUCAUGAUAAAUGCAAGCAUAUCUACAAGUGAACGUGGUUUAGCGUUAAACGUAGUGUUAGCACAUAACCCUUAGGCCUAUUCAUCAAAAUUUGGAAGAAAGACAGUUUUGGGCUAUGCCCCUAUGCCUGUUGUCUUCUCUCAAUGAUAUUUUUAUAUAAUAUUGUGAACAUAGUGAUUGUCAAUAAAUACCAAUCGUAGGUAUUCAGCUACCUAUGGAGAGUGUCAGAUUUUGGAAAUUGUUCUUGUUGAAUUGUUAUAGAUUUUCAAAUUAUUCUAAUUUCAAAUAAUUGUUGUCAAAAGGUUAUAUAUUUAUAUACGUUUUAUAUUUUGUUGAUGUUGCAUCAAACCUAUAAUUUAGUUUUUGAUAUAUGCCUAUACGUGGAUGAUUUGAUUAGAUGAUCAAACUCUCGUCCUAAACCCACAACCAGGCAGUGAUAUCAGCCUGAAGUUUAUAAAACUCUAGACUAUCAGACCAAUUCGGAUGGCCCGAUUGUAGAAGACAAUAAAAGACUGUAAAAUAUCUACAUGCAAUUGCUAUCUAUAGAAAACUAUUCAGUGGAAAAAAUAAAGAUUGUUAUCGCUAUCAACUAUUGUUAAAUUAGUCGAGUUUCAAAUAAUUAUUCUCAGAAAGAGGAUAGUUGCUCCAAUAGAGGUCUCUCGUCAGACCUGGAAAAUAAUACAGUGAUAUUUUUGAUUCAUAUAUUGUCACAUUAUCAUUCAAGAACCUAACAUUCUCAUGAGAGGUUGAGUUUGAGUAUAUUUAUUAUUCAACUACAUCACCAAAUCUCUAUAAAAAGUUCGUUGUCAGAAUGAUUUUGUUGGAGAAAGGAUCAUAGUCUCAAUAGAAAGACACUGAAACCUGGAAAAAAGAAAUUAUAAUAGAAUAUUAUUGUUUGAUAAUUUUUUGUUGCACUUACGUUGUAAAUUCCGUUAGUUCUAUAUGAAACUCAAUAAUUAUUAUAUCAUUUUAUUUCAUUGUUUGUCUAAUUAGUACUUUCAUAAUACUGUUCCAGUAGGAGUUGAAAUAAUGAAUUAUUAUGAGUGUAUGUUUGGAAUUCUAUCAUUUUAGAAUAAAUUAUCAUAAAAUUCAGAAUUCUGAAAAAUGAAUAAAUUUAUUUUCAAAUAGAUCACUAGAGAGUAUAAAAUAAAUAAUACUCUUAUCGUUAAAUUCUGUAUUCUAAGUCAAAAUUCAUUUCUACCAUUUCUAACAAAUUACAUUUCUCUUUAAUUCGGUUCAACACAUUAAUUGAUUACAUCAGUAUUCAUUCUAUUUUGUUGACCUUCAAUUUUAUACAUAUUUCUCUUGUGUUCGAUACAUUCUAAAUCUUUCAAUGAUGGAUAGAAAAGAAACAAACAUUGAGUCAGAGAGUGACAAUGUAAGAUUGAUAUAGAAAAAGAGGCAUAGAGAGAGCUCAGAAGAAAGACAAACGCCGAGAAGAGAACCACAGAGACCAAUAAAGAGAAAGUAUAACAGAGUGAGAGAAUAGAGAGAGAAAGUGAGAGAGUAAAGGAGAAAGUGAAUGAGAGAGAUAUGGCAAACAGGAGGACAAAGUUAGCUAUAGUGAGAUCCACUUUGAAAUUUCAGCAAUGGUUGAAAGGGGAAGCAUUGAAGUUAAUCAUAGGGAAUGCUGCCAGUUUGAAGUGGAUCUGACUAUACCUAUACGGAACAAGAACAACACCUUUGAAGACAGAAAAUCAACAGAAUAAGACAGACAAUCAAUAGAAAAAGACAGAUAAAAUCGACUUGUAUCACAGCUGAGCUGGGUCCUGUUAUGUUAGCUUCAUAACAACCAACUCCGUUCUAUUCAGUCAGGUCGGUGGCUUCAAGCUGUGUGCAACAGCUCAAGUAUUUAUCGUCGAUGAUAAACAAAGAAAUUUUCAUUAUCACUGAUAAUUAUUGCCCAUCACUACACAGUUACUAAAGCUUGGUCUAAAG